UGGUCGCGGCUAUAAUUGAGGUUGCAACACAAUCCCCUUCCUCUACUAUCAUUUUAGCUUCACUGCCCAACUACAUCUCAAAGAGUUGAAAACAUGUUGAAGAUAGCUAUUUUUGCUGUUCUAUUCGCAGUAGCUUCUGCUGAGCUGAUAGGCCAGCAAAAGAUGUCUGAUGACAUUAAUUCCUUGGGAACAACAUGGAAGGCUGGCAUCAACCGAAGGUUUGAAGGGCUCUCCGAACAUUCUAUCCGUAGACAAAUGGGAGUUAUCGCUGGUGGUCCCAAAUUGCCUGAAAAAGACAUCACACCGCUGAAGAAUAUCCCUGACUCCUUCGAUUCUCGUACCGAGUGGGCAAGCUGCCCCUCCAUCCAAGAGAUCAGGGACCAGGGUUCCUGUGGGAGCUGCUGGGCUUUUGGUGCAGCUGAGGCCAUGACUGACCGUUACUGUAUCCAUUUCCAAGAGAAAACUCACAUAUCUGCUAAUGAGCUGCUUGCUUGCUGUGAAAUGUGUGGAAGUGGAUGCAGAGGUGGUUACCCAGAAGAAGCAUGGAGCUACUGGAAGAGUCACGGUCUUGUCACUGGCGGGCAGUACAAUUCCCAUGAGGGAUGUCAGCCGUACGAGAUUCAGUCAUGUGAUCACCAUGUCAAUGGCACCAAGUCACCUUGUGCGCCAAAAGAAGAACCCACUCCUAAAUGCAAGAAGACCUGUGAGGAUGGCUAUAACGUUACUUUUGAGAAGGACUUGCACUACGGAGCCACUUCCUACGCCGUCAGUUCCGAAGUAGAAAAUAUCCAGACUGAGAUAAUGACCAAUGGCCCUGUUGAGGGAACGUUCAAGGUCUAUGAGGAUUUCCUUUCCUACAAAUCUGGUGUGUACAAGCAUACCUCAGGUAAAUUUCUUGGCGGCCAUGCCAUCCGGAUCCUGGGCUGGGGCACCGAUAAUGGUACCGAUUACUGGAUUGUUGCAAACUCCUGGAAUGUCCACUGGGGAAACAAAGGUUUCUUUAACAUUUUCCGUGGUGAUGAUAACUGUGGAAUUGAGUAUGGCAUUGUUGCUGGAAUGCCGAAAAAGUACAGCUCCUAAGCUUACGGCUGUACAUAACUUGAAGACUUUAGUGUUCUUGAAUUACAUGAGUACCUGUAGUUUACGUUUGUGAAAAUAAAUGAAUCCCUUUGUUAUUUACUAUGAGUGUUUAUUACGUUUGUGAAUAGUUGUUUGUGAAAAGAAUUCAAUCCUCCAAAUGUUUGUUUUAUGAAAGAAA